CAAUGGUUUAUAUUUCUCAUUUAUUUUUUUAAAGGCAAAAAAAUAAUUGAAAUGACACUGAGGGAAGUUUCGUUGCCGGAGGGGAUCUCCUCCUCGACGGCGCACACAACUACGGUGGACCUUCAGAAAGCGAAGACAACUCGUCGACGUAGGAUGGAGAUCCAACGGCUGAAAUCCACUUGCCAAAACGGCGUCGUUAACGACGACGACGAUGAUGAUAAAAAUAUCACGUACGGCACGUGCGGGCCACACGGGGCGGUGUCGGUAAAGGGGAGGAGGAGAGAGAUGGAAGACGCGGUAACAACGGAGAAAGAUUUGAUCGAAGUGGAGUUAAGAAAGUACGAUUAUUUCGGAGUGUACGAUGGUCACGGAGGAAGCCACGUGGCGGAAGCGUGUAGGGAUCAGAUGCAUGCGAUACUAAUGGAGGAGAUUGUGAAAUGGGACACGUGGCGGAAGGAGAUGGACGGUGGUGGUGGUGGUGGUGGUGGUGGUUGUGAUUUUGAUAUGGUGGGUGGUGGUGGGGGUGGGGUUGUUGAUUGGGAGAAAGUGAUGGAAAAGUCUUUUGCGAGGAUGGAUGAGGAAGUGGGUGGUGGAAUUGACGGUGUUGAGAAGGUGGAGGAGAUGACAGUGGGGUCUACUGCGGUGGUGGCGGUGGUAGGGAAGGAGGAGGUUGUGGUGGCUAAUUGUGGUGAUUCUAGGGCCGUGAUUUGUCGAAAUGGGGUUGCUGUUCCUUUGUCACUUGAUCAUAAGCCUGACCGACCGGACGAGCUCGCUAGAAUUGAAGCCGCUGGUGGUCGCGUGAUCAACUGGAACGGCCACCGAGUGCUAGGAGUUCUUGCUACUUCAAGAUCAAUAGGAGACUAUUAUCUAAAACCAUAUGUGUCAUCUGUUCCAGAGGUAACAAUCAGCAAAAGAACGGCAGCAGACGAGUUUUUGAUCCUAGCAAGCGACGGUUUAUGGGACGUAAUCACCAACGAAAUAGCGUGUCAAGUGGUACGACGUUGUCUAACAGGCCGGAUUAAAUCGCAAGAGUUUUUUAACCAGAUUUGCAAAAUUAGCAGUAAUCGAGCUGAAGUUGCCGCCGUGUUACUAGCAGAAUUAGCCAUUGCCAAAGGAAGCAAGGAUAAUAUCAGUGUAAUAGUUGUAGACUUAAAAAAACACAGUAGAUCAACUUGUUCAUAAAAAAAAAGGGCUUAUUUUUCUUCUUCUUCUUCUUCUCCAAGUAUCUUUCUGUUUUAGUCAGCCCAGAAGGAUUGACUUGAUUUUUGACAUUCUUUUUUUAUUUUUGUUUUCUGUAAGGAGGUUUUCUUGUACAGCAGAAAUUGUGAAAACAUUCGACAGGUGAUCGAUUCUUCUAUAAAGAUUAAAGAUAUCGUGUCGGAAAGAUUAUUACUAUAAUACUAAAUGUGGAUUAGUUAA